GGCUAGCGCCUGGGCAGCAUCGCAAGCCCCACGGGGCAGCGUGCAAAGCGAUGGCGAAGAAGAAGAAGGGCAAGAAGGCCAAGUCGCCGCCGAAGCCCGACAAGAGCGCGCAAUUGUCUGAUGAGGAGCAGGCUGCCCAGGCCGAGGCGACGCGGCUGGCCGCGCGCAAAGCCGACGCGGAGGCCGCCGCCGCCGCCGCCGCCGCCGCGCGAAAGGCCCUCGAUGCUUUACCGAAGGGCGUCCUGGCUACAGCCCUAGCCGACGGCCGCGUCCACAAGAUCGUAAGGGGCCACGCGCUCCGCGCGCACGAGGCGCAUCAUUCCAAAAAAAAGAAAAGGAGAAAAAAAGCCGACAUCCGCGGGAGCGAAGUGAAGUUAUUUAGGGAAGCGACGGACACGCUACCCGCACUACUGAAAGACGCGGAAAUCGAACGCAAGCACUUCCAUCAUUUCGACAAAGUGAAAGAACAAGCCUUGGAGCUCUUCGGCCACGACCUCGUGUUGUGUCGACCGUACUGUGAGGAUGACAACGAGGACGCCUGGUGGCGCGAGCUGGAGGCCGAAGAUCGGGGCGACCACGCGUCUUUUCAUGCCCCGGGUCACGUGAAAAUCACGUCAGACAAGGAGUGGCUCGACACGAUCAAGGCCUGGGACAAGUUCGCUUCCAAGAGGUAUCAGCGGAAGGCGGAACAGUUCUCGGAGCGGUAUGCGCAUUAUCUAGAAAAGCCUCAGAGUACUGAUGAUAUAAAAAGAACUUUAGAUGAAGUCUGGGAGUUCGCGGAGCGGCCCGAGAACUUGCCCGGCGUUUCUGACUCAUUGGUGCGACAACUUGUUCAUCGUUGUUGUUUAGAUAUGAAUGAUGAAAUUUUAGUGAGCGGUAUUCGCGCCUCUUGGAGAUUAGCUGAUCAAAGUUGUCUGAUGGCUUCUCGCUUGCAAAGUUGUGGGUACGUCCAUGCGUUGAUCGAGUUGUUGCGGAGAGGUGUACCUGAUCCUCAGCAUACUUCAGAGUUGAGAGGCAUGAGGAGGUUGCGCGACAAGGCUCAUAGUAUAACUCAGACAAAGAAGGGGCGGGCGACGCGUGAUAGACAUGGCUUCGUCGGACGGCGAACAGACAAAGGUAGGGACAUUGUGGAUGACGUCGCGUACGUGGCCAUAGGUGCGUUGCUAUGCUUCGCGCGGCAGUGCCGCCAUUCUGAACUAGAUAGUAGCGAGUCGUUGGAAGUGCUCGAGGGGGCCGCGUCCGCUUACUUUCACGACGACCACCUCGUGUUACUGGCGUUGGGGGGUCUGUACGACGUUUUUUCGACGUCGAGGAAAGCGCGGCGUUCUUAUACGAACGACUGCGGUCUUUUUGCGUUAGCGGAUCUGAUGCGGACCUUUCCGACCCUGGAGGCGGCGCGCUACGCCAUCGCCGUGGCGUUGCGGCUUUGUAUGACCAAAGAUGCUGACGUCGCGUCGCUCGCGGGCGUGGCGACAUCGACGGUAAUACCGGGCCUCGCCGACGCGUUGCGCGCUUGUGUUGAUCUUUCAAGAGCCUGCGCCCGGGCUUGUGUGGGAGAUGGCCUCCGCGAGGUCGAGAUCGAAUCGGCGCCGGCCCCGGCGCCGUCGAUCACCGAGGGUCAUAUAGAAGACGACCGCGAUACGCGUGCCGCACAAGCCUCGAGAGAAGAGCGGCUAGAAACGCUGAAACUAGCUACGAGAGCGGCCCACGCCUUUUUGUCAUUAAGAGCGGCAACAAAGACCUCGGAACCGGGCCUCGAAGGCGACGCUUGCGCGUUGUUGGUGGAGGAGUGCACGCGAGCUUUGGAACGGUCCCACGACCUCGAUUUUGAAGAACCAUGUAGGGUCGCUUCCCAAUUACUGGCCUUGGGUUUACAAAGCGGCGACGCCGACCCCUCCCCUAGUGGCAUCUGGCGCUGCCUCGAGCAAAUACAACACUCGAAGGACCCGCAGACGCAACUCGCCCUGGCUAUUGUUGUCUUGGAGACGGCACAAACACCCGAAGGGCAACAAGCGGUCGUCGGGAGGAGUGCGUGGCGGCGCAUCUGUCGCCUCAUCUCCACGAACAGCGAGGGUGGCGUCGUCUCGACACUAGCUCAGUGUCUAGCAUUGGUCUCGGCAUCGUGUACCUUGCCGUCGGCGCAGUGCGAGGAAUUGGUAUCAGCCUUAGACGCAGUCGCAAAGUGGCAGCAGUGCUUGAUCGUGCCGACGCGAGCCGGUCCCCGGUCUGAUGCGUUGGUCUUCGUGCUCGUGGCCUUCGUUCGAUGCAGUCGUAAAGCUGCUCAGAAAAAUGACCACGACGCUUUACAAGUCUUAGUGCGAGGCGUCCGCUUGUGCUGUCAGAUCGGGGCCUUGGCGGCGAAGAAGGCCGGGCGCAUGUCGAGGGAUGCUCGGAUACUGGAGACGGUCUGUCGGGCGUCGUUGUGUGCCAUUCGUAUGCUCAUGGAGUUCGAGUUGUUGUACGAGUCUUCAGACCUGGACAUCAUGCCUUUCGCCCGGGAGUUGCUAAGAGAGAAAGAGCCAGAGGACGACGAAGCUCUGAUAGCUUGUCGGCGGGACGUGCUCGCUGUGUUAUGGCGGGUCUCCGUCGAGACCGAGUUCGCGCAAGACCCCGACUUACAAAGGACGCCCUCUUCUCUCAUACUAUCGUUAGAUCGCAUCACGUUCUCUUCCUAUGGAUCUAUUCAUACAAGGAGUGAGUUAACGACGCAGUCUUCAAUGUUAUUACUGUGGUUAGUAUGUCACUCGAGACGACAUAGAAAAAGAUUAGAAAGGAUGCACUCGACGAAGCAGCUCAUCGAGGCGCCGAGCGCCGCCUUGGCUUCCGAUAGAUGCGACGGCGUCUGUCGCGCGGCCCUGUUUGCUAUUCAAUUUCUGGCUUCCCGUGAUCCUAAAACGAAAGCUCCAUUGGCCCAGAAGUGCGCCAAGGGGCUGUCGCGCUUAGUCAUGAUGGAGCGCUCCGCAUCAUUCCGGAAAGAAGCGUUGCACUGCCUGUUGAACCUGUCGACAGGAGGCAAGGACGCGACGACUGUGUUGGCGGAGCACGGCCUCGCCGCUCUCGUUGACGUGGCCACGGCACCCGAUGAAAGUGACGUGGAUGUCGUUACGAGGGAACUCGCCGUCUCUACUCUCUCAAACUUACAAAGGGACGCGCGCGCCCGGUUCCUAGCCUACUGUCAGCGAUUGGACGCGGGAUUUGCGCCCGUAGUUCCAAGACGCCUAGGCUCCGACGAACCAGAAAACACGCCCGAGAAUCUGCCGCGCAUCAAACAAAACUUGACGAAGAGGUAUGAAACCUGGUUCCUGGAAACAUUCAAAAAUGACGAGUACGUGCCUCGGUUGAUGCGACCGUACGGCCCGCCGCAGCCGUCGCGGCCCCAGUCGGCGACCUACCGGAAACACCCCGGCAAGGCUUGCACCGAAUGGGGCCGCCACGCGUCCACACUCUGGACUCCUCAAGUCGAGGGAGAAAAAGAUCCGUAUUUCGCGGUGCGGGCCGUGCGCGAACCCAUACCACCUCGACCCAAGAGUGCACCAUCUAAACGAAGGCAGAAAUGCGCGGCGUUAGACGCCACAAGACCGAGAGCCGGCUCGCAUCGGAUAGGUCCUGCUGGAAGGAAAGGAAGUGUCCCGACCGAGAAAGGGCACGACCCCUGGACGCCCCUCAUAGUGAAUGCGGAAGCGGAGAAAUGGCCCGACGACUACUCGCAAGCCUCGUCGAUGGUCGCGCAACAGCUCGACAAAAUUUGUGUUGUCGCACCUGGUGGAAAACCUCACUGUUUUACGUUUAACGAGGCCAGAGGUGGCAAUAUGAACUGGGACCAGCGCGCUAUGCGUGAUACUCAUUUGUGUGCAUUUAAACAUGUCCCAGGAUCAGUGGUAGGAGACAUGUUUUCUUCUUACGCCUUUGCCGACCCCGACGGCGGGCCCGACCAGCGGUACCACUUACAUCACGCUAGUCGUGUGCCGUGUGAGGUGUUGGAUCCUGGCGCAUGGUUGAGGCCUACAGAACCUCAAUUAUGGUCGGACGACGACGCGUUGUCGGAUCUGAAGACGCCUGCACUUGAUACACUUGAGGACAUCGACCCUUUGUCGGAGAGAGACGUAGUUGAUUGUCCAAGAUGCCACAGGCACCACAUGCCACACCUACGAAGCAUGGAGUUGUUAGGCCACUCGAGGACGCCACUGGGCAUGCUGCCGCGGUACACGCUGCAUCUGUUAGUGGAGUACGUACCCCCACCGCCGCCCGUCGUUCAUGUGGAGACACCUAGACCUGUUUGGAAGCUAGCUGAAUCUAUAUACGCCCCCAGAAUCAAGGAGGCCGAUUCGCACGGCUUCUACAACCCUGAGAAGGUUCACGCGCGGAUGCUCGCGCAAGACCUGAGGAUUUUGGAGGAGCAACCGCGCUGGCCGAAAUUCAUCAAUCGACUCGCUGGGCAAUUACCGGACGGUUCCGGCACCGAGGCGAUCGUCGAAGCUAUAAGACACGAGAUGCUGCCCAUGUAUCGCCUCCUGUCGCAGUGCAUGGAGUACUACGGCUAUCGAAGUUCGAAUGCGGAUCCCUUCGACAUGUCGCAAAACGCCUUUUUUUCUUUACUCAGAGAUGCUUCAUUACUCGAGGAUAAACGAAGCCUCCGGCGUGGUGCCUCGAUGAGGGGACCGGCGCCGGCGCCCCAGGAGCAGCCCCACAGCCUGGGCGGCGUUACCAUGAUACGCGAGGGGCUCCACCACCUCGCGGAGGAGGAGCACCACCGGCAUGAGGCUGAAGGCACCAAGAUUACCUCAGAACUCGCCCAGCGCAUCUUCGUCCAGGUCAACGUCGAAGUCGGCAACAAGGACAGCAAGCUCAACGCGGCGAACGACGACACGGCCAUGAUGCGCCACGAGCUGGUGGAAGCUUUAUUACGGAUCGCCGUGGCCAAGGGUAAUGUGGAGCAACACGCUAGGGAACACCCGGAACAUGCGGUGGAAAUUUUGAGCGAUGCCUUACAUCACGUUUUGAGAGAUCAUUUACUACAUCUGCCGCACGACGUGGUCGUCGACGCGGACGAGUUUCGGCGGCGGAAGUUGUACUGCGAGGAAGUGGAUACGGCGUUGUUGCGACACAAAUCCAUCCUGAGAGGGCUAUUUGAACUAUACUCAGGGAUGCACCCCAUCGCUGGAAGAACUUUAUUCGGCCUCAAGGAGUGGUUUUUGUUCGUCGAGCACUCGGGCCUGUAUGCUAGGAAUCUAUCUCGUUCAGAAGCCACCCAUGCCUUCGUCUUUAGUAGGAUGAAAUUCAUUGAUGAGGGCGCUCCCAAAUUCAGAGCGUUGUCGUGGGUCACUUUUUUGGAGGCCUUUGUUAGGUUAGUCGAUCGAAGCGUACAAGUCCCGUCGGCAAAAGACAUGCGGGAGCUGGGCUGUACGCAGCUCACGGAGUUCUACGAGGCCCUGACGCAGCGCUGCGACCAUAGUACGGACGAGAGUGACGCGGAUGUGGAGAGAGUUCAUCGGUACAUGGAUCCUGAUACCUCUUGUACCUUGGCGGAGAAAGUGUCACUCACACUGAUCUACUGUUUUCAAAAUUUAGUUAUUAAGUACCGCGGGACCGUGCGCACGCAGACGCAUUCGGUGCGGAUGGGCCACUUCCUCAGUCCCCAACAGCAGGACCGGUGGUUUUCUAUUAGGGGAUAUAAGACAAGGAGAGCAGAUGUGGAAGUGCGGAUGAAGACCACGAAACACCAGAGCCACGUCGUUCGGAGGGACGAGGACAACGCCCUUGAGGCGUUAGGUGCCGUCGCGGACGGCGCGGACGUGGAAUGGGCGCGCGAGCACGGGCUCCACAGCAUGGGCGGCGUGUCGCGGUUGCGCGAGGGGCUUCACCAUCUUGCGGAGGAGGAGCACCACCGGCACGAGGGGCAUAAGUAGUAGUUGUGUG